CUCUUCCCUCCCCUCUGUUGCCACGGAGACCCGCUCCCAUCUCCUCCUGUUGCCGCGGCGAUGGGAAGGACGAGCCUCGGUGGAAGCUGCGGUCGCCACGGCAACACGCUCCUCUCCGUUGCUAUGGCAACCUCCCCGCGCAUCCUCCUGCUCUGCCCCGUUGCUAUGGCAACAGCCCCGCUCCCCAUCGCUUUGCCCCGUUGCUACCGCAACAGCAUCCCUCCCGCCCGGUGCUGGGAAAGGGACCACCGGGCACAGCCCCGGGCGUGGGCAAGGCCGAGCAGCGUCUCUGCAGACACCACAUGAUCAGCUUUGUGGAUCCUCUUGUCUCCAACUACACCGUGGUGGAUUUCAGGGACAAAGCCGUGCCUCUGAUUGAAGAUAUCUUUGCCCGGGACAAGAUCCCCAUUGUUGUGGGAGGAACCAACUACUACAUCGAGUCCCUGCUCUGGAAGGUCCUUGUCAACACCAAGGAGAAGCCCAGCAGUGCCCCCAGGCCUGGCAGUGACAGGAAAGUGGAGCUGGAGCAGCUGGACAGCGCUGAGCUGCACCGGCGCCUGAGCCAGGUGGACCCGGAGAUGGCGGCCAAGCUGCACCCCCACGACAAGCGCAAGGUGGCCAGGAGCCUCCAGGUGUUUGAAGAGACAGGGAUCCCCCACAGUGAAAUCUUGCACCAGCAGCAGGAGGAGGAAGGUGGGGGGCCCUUAGGUGGGCCCCUGAAAUACCCACAUUCCUGCAUCUUGUGGCUCCAUGCAGACCAGGCAGCUCUGGAUGCACGGCUGGAGAAGCGCGUGGAUGACAUGGUGGCUGCGGGGCUGCUGGAGGAGCUGCGCGACUUCCACCGCCGCUACAACCAGGAGAAGGUGGCACAGAACCGGCAGGAUUACCAGCACGGCAUCUUCCAGUCCAUUGGCUUCAAGGAAUUCCACGAGUACCUCGUCAGUGAGGGGAGCUGCUCACCCGAGACCAGUGCCCUGCUGCUGGAGAAAGGGAUCCAGGCCCUCAAGCAGGUGACCAAGAGAUACGCCCGGAGGCAGAACAAAUGGGUGCGGAACCGCUUCCUGAAACGUCCUGGGCCCAACGUGCCCCCAGUUUAUGGCUUGGAGGUGUCUGAUCUGCAGAGGUGGGAGGAGGAUGUGCUGAAACCUGCCCUGGAGAUCGUGGAGAGCUUCAUCCAGGGCCGUGAGCCCCCGGCUGAGCCCCUGAGGAUGGAGCAGGACGGGCAGGAGAACAAGCGGAGCCGUCGCGUGUGCCAGCUCUGUGACAGGCUCAUCCUCGGGGACAGGGAGUGGGCAGCUCACACACGGUCCAAAUCCCACCUGCACCACCUGAAGAAGAGGAGGAAGCUGGAGGAGUCCAAGCACGCCAGAAGGACCAUGGGGGGCAGUGGGGACACAGAGACCUCGGAUGAGGAUGGCAGCCUGCCUUUGCCUUAGGCCUGGAAGGGGCAGCAGCUGUGCAUCCACCUGCGUGGAGAGGAAGCUCCUUGGUCCUGGGCAGCCUUGAAGCAAGGAGCUGAGUCAUUUUUUUUUGGGGUGAGGCAGGUGUGUGACUGCAGAGGCCGUCGGAUCCUCUUCAUGUGGCCUCAUCCCGCUGUGUUCCCAUGCUCCCCCAGCCCUGCCUGGAACGGGCUGGGCCCCGGGGCAAGGCUGCUGGGAGCCUCCUCCCAUGCAAAGCGUGAAUUCCUGCCAGAGCUGCAUCCUUGGAAUGGCUGAGCUGCUGGUAUGUGCUUGUGUGGAUCUCAGAGACAAAUACAGAAAUACCCCGGCUCCUCCAGCUUGGCCGGGGGUGCAGCUCCAGAGCUGAGCGAGCUCUGCCUGCCUUUAUUGUGGAGAGGAUUUUUUUUUUGGUCUUCUUUUACAUGCAAAUAAAGUCGCAGGAUUAUUGUGGGUUCCCCUCCCUGUUAACAA